UUUUCUAAUUUUGUUUUCCAAAUAUUGGUGUUGGCGUUUCUCCCUCGACGAAGCGUGUCCAACGCAUAUAAAGUGCAUCGCAGCAUCGCAGAAGAGGCGAGAGUGGUUACUGCUCAGGAAGAUCCUGUAAGGUUAUUGUCGGUGGAUCCUCGCAAAAAACACUGUCUCCCCUGCACCUUUCAAAAGAUAAUGCUGGUUGUGGUGCCCAGGCAAUAGAGAUGUCUUCUGCGCGUGACCCCCAGUCCCCAACUUUCUUUGAACAGAGGCCAAUGCAACCACAGACCAUGGCCCAGACUCCGAUAUCUAUGGAUGCGCCGCUGGACGGUCUCUCCUCGCUGUCCUCGGUCCAUUUCGCUCUCAUAUACAUUGACGAGAAUGGUAAGCUUCGGUUUGAAGCGUCACCUUCUAUUGCAAGCAACUGCCAGUCGAUUCUAUCUCCUAAUGUAACCGAUUCGUUCCUGAGAGCUGUGGCGUUGUCGAACAAGGGUGACCCCGGCGUGAUGGGUUCUCCGAGAUUGAACCAAGAACAUAUGGGGGGCAAAAUCCCCAUGUCACCCCAAUCACCCGGAACGAGUACCUUGAGCCGCAAAAACUCAAUGUUCCAAACGCACCAGGACAGUCACCAGGCCAAGAGAAAGCGGGUAUCUCACGAGUGCGUGGUCCCGAUGAGCAUCAACUGCCACCAGAAAACCAUGUUGCCUAUCCGCAACCACGAUCUCCUGCGUAAAUACUACGAGAAGGCAUUCGAGAGCCUGCAGCAGAUCAACUGCCGUAUCCUUGCCAAGGCGUAUAUCAAGCUUGUCGAACCCCGCAAGCAGGUCAAUUAUCCGUAUAACGGACGCAAGAUCAUCUCGGGCUCCUCGCAGCAAUUUGACCCCGAGCUUACCAAACCUGCUUGGUGGCCAUCGGGCGUCACCCAUCGGGAGCCUGACCAUCUGCUUAAGGCCGAGAGAAUCCGACUCCUGGUACACAUUCUUUGCGAACUACGCAGCAGUCACGCCAUAUGCGUCGAGAAACUAAGAGAAGCAGACCAAUCCAUCCGGCGCCAGAUCUUACCUAGUGAGCGGUUGCAAGUCCUCGAGGAGAUAUACAGCGUCCGCGAAGAAGAGGAAGCCUUCCUUGACUGCAGAACAGACGGACAAGCCGUAGUCUGUGUAUCCCGGGUGAACCUUCCCGACAUAUCCGAAGCCCAAGCAAUGGGCUCACCCGGCUCGACCAUGAAAACCGACCUUAACCCAGUCUACCGCAAAGAGGUCCCGGACAUGGAAUCCCACACCUCCGUCUUCCCAUCCACAGGAAGCUCCCCGACAAGCGACACAACCAAGCACAGCCUUGCGAGCACCAAGUCCGCCAGCAGCGCGAGCACAAACUGGGAUCCAUGUCUCCCGCCGUCCCUACCCUCCUUAAGCACGCUGAAGCGCACCCGGCCAGGCGAGAGCUCAUACCCUCUGGAGUUCAACACGAACAUGUUCCAGCACGAACCCCCAACCACAGUCUCCAUCGACUCGCACUAUCCGUUGAAGUACUACAGUGAGCCUCACCUGGGUCAUCACCCGCACUCGCAACCUCUCCCUGUGAUGGGGAUGACAGGGACAGCGGAUAUGGGGUGUGCGAACCCGUACUAUUUCACCAGUUAUUGAUGAGUUCUUUUAUCUUUCCUCUCAUUUCUCAUACACGCUCACUCACCCACUCACCGACGUAUCCGCCUCGACUCGACUCCACCCUCCUUUCUCAUUUCCCUUGACUGAUACUCUCGCCCACUCACCUUCAACGUCUCGCAUUUCCUCCAUCUUCAAUCUUCUCACCACCACAUUCCUUUACCACCCAUUUCCUUUGUAUCUGUUUCCAGCGAACUGGCGUCAGGGGCAUUGCAUUCAUUCACAACAUCAUCAGGAACUCAUAAAGCAUAAUAAUAGAUUUUCGGACAGCGACCAGGAUCCAAAUCACUAAUAGAAGAAGGGGGAAGCGAACCAGGUGUACAUAGUCACGAACAUCA